AGCAAUCGCAUCAGCAAACGACUGUAACAUCCACAACACAUACAACACAUCCACUACAUCACUUUGUGGCUCGGCUCUUUUAUUACGUGUGCACUAUAAAAAAAAGUAAAAUUUAUAAAUCCAAUUACGUGUUUUACCAGCGUGCGCUCAUCGUCUCAUGUCGUUGUCGUUGUCGCCGUCGCAGUUGUCGUUUUCGUUUUCGUUGUCGUUAGCCGCCUCUCCUUGUCCGUCCAAUCCACGUUUUGGUUAGCCAAAGCCAAAACCCGAAUAGACUUAAAACAGCUGUUUGCUCUACAGCUGGGCCAAAAGCGAAGACAAAGCGAAGCUAAAUAGCAAUAUGAAGUUCGGUGCCUAAGUCUUUUGUUUCCCCCAGCACUGUGCAGAGGCGCACGCGAAUUUCCGUGUAAGAAGAACAAACUGAGAGCAGAGUGUACCUAAACAGAAACACAAACAGAAACAAAUCGCAUUAAACAAGACUGUUUUAGUAGCGAAGGCAAAAGGCCCAGUGGAAACCAGUUGUGCAACUACAAUUCCGAAUAUUCCCAAGCCUUUUACUAGCCAGAGCCCGUUCCCGUGCCCGUGCCGGCUCCCCUGAACCCAGACCGCAAAAAAGGUGAAGCCCCUGCAGCAGAUCAUCGACAGCAGCGCAGCAGCAGCACCACUACAGAAAUCGAAAUGGCACCGAAGAAGGAGGCAACCUUGAGCCAACAGCAGCAGCAGCAGCAACAACAACAGCAGCAGCCUGUCAUGGACUUUGAAAGGAUAAAGCGUCACUUCAGCUGGUCGGAUCCCAGUGCCAUCAUUCCCACAGACUCCGCGAUGGCGGCCACAAACACAAACGAUGGUGGCACACAGCCACAGAAUGCUGUUUCAGCCUGGGGCCAGCCCGCUGCCGGACCACGCAACACACAGGCCGCCGUGUCCGUGCGACAUGCCUUCAAGGCCUACGGCAAAAAGAAGAACGCCAACCAGGUGCUGAAUAACCUGAAUAUGACAGUCCCCAAGGGAACAAUUUAUGGCCUGCUGGGUGCCUCUGGCUGUGGCAAGACCACACUGCUCUCCACCAUUGUGGGUCGCCGCUACUUGGACUCUGGCGAGAUCUUCGUGCUGGGCGGCAAGCCCGGCACUCGGGGAUCGGGUGUGCCCGGCAAGCGUGUGGGCUACAUGCCCCAGGAGAUUGCCCUCUACGCAGAGUUCUCCAUUCAGGAGACCAUGAUGUACUUCGGCUGGAUAUUUGGCAUGGAGACCAAAGAGAUUAUGGAGCGCUUGCAGUUCCUGCUCAACUUCCUCGAUCUGCCGUCGGAGAAGCGUCUGGUCAAGAAUCUGAGUGGCGGCCAGCAGCGUCGCGUCAGCUUCGCAGUGGCCCUCAUGCACGACCCGGAGCUGCUCAUUCUCGACGAGCCCACUGUGGGUGUGGAUCCCCUGCUGCGUCAGAGCAUCUGGAAUCACUUGGUGCACAUCACAAAGGCUGGCCAGAAGACGGUCAUCAUUACCACACAUUACAUUGAGGAGGCGCGACAGGCGCAUACGAUCGGUCUUAUGCGAUCCGGACACUUGCUGGCGGAGGAGUCGCCCAGCGUUCUGCUUUCCAUCUACAAGUGCAUCAGCCUGGAGGAGGUUUUCCUGAAGCUGUCGCGCAUCCAGAGCCAGAAGGGCGACGUGACCCAUGUGAACUUCAGUAACAACAUUUCGUUGCACGCAAUGGCCUUCGGCAGCAAGAUGGACAAGCCCAGCUCCAGCCAGGAAGGCGGCGUUGUGGGCCUCAACUUCCACCAGAGCAAGGAGGUGCUGAUCAAUGACAGCAACGGCUCCAUCUACACGCUGAACCAGGAACCGUACAGCCCACCGCCCGCCAGGCGCAACAACAACCCCAAUGACGAGGAGAGCUGCCAGGACUGCUAUGCCAAUCUGUGCAAGGUCACCUCCAAGGGCAAGAUCCGCGCUCUGCUGACCAAGAACAUGCUCCGCAUGUGGCGCAAUGUGGGCGUGAUGCUGUUCAUCUUUGCCCUGCCCGUGAUGCAGGUGAUCCUCUUCUGUCUGGCCAUUGGACGCGAUCCGCAAGGCCUCAAUCUGGCCGUAGUCAACGGAGAAAUGAACAAUACGGAGACCUGCUUCUGGGAGGAUGGCUGUCACUUUGCCAAUCUGGGAUGUCGCUACCUGAACCACCUGAACACGAGCGUGAUCAAAACGUAUUAUACGGAGCUAGAAGACGCCAAGGCGGCAGUGAGAAGAGGCGAGGCCUGGGGCGCUGUCUACAUCACGGAGAACUUCACGGACGCCUUCACCGCACGCGCUGCCCUUGGCCGUGAGGCGGACGACGAGACGCUCGAUCAGUCCGAGGUGAAGGUCUGGCUGGAUAUGUCCAAUCAGCAGAUCGGCGUCAUGCUGAACCGCGACAUACAGCUGGCAUAUCGUGACUUCGCCAUGGGCCUCCUCGGACAGUGCGGCAACAAUCCCAAGUUGGGCGAUGUCCCAAUUCAGUUCAGAGAUCCCAUCUACGGCACCAUGAAUCCCUCGUUUACCGAUUUCGUAGCACCCGGCGUGAUCUUGACAAUUGUCUUCUUUUUGGCUGUGGCUUUGACGUCAUCUGCUCUGAUCAUUGAGCGCACUGAGGGCCUGCUGGAUCGCUCCUGGGUGGCUGGUGUGUCCCCUGGCGAGAUCCUCUUCUCCCAUGUCAUCACCCAGUUCGUGGUGAUGUGUGGCCAGACCACGCUGGUGCUCAUCUUCAUGCUGGUGGUCUUCGGGGUGACCAACAAUGGCGAUCUGUUCUGGGUGAUUGUGCUGACGCUGCUGCAGGGCAUGUGCGGCAUGUGCUUCGGCUUCCUCAUCUCCUCCGUUUGCGAGCUGGAGCGCAAUGCCAUCCAACUGGCGCUGGGCUCCUUCUACCCCACCCUGCUGCUGUCUGGUGUCAUAUGGCCCAUCGAGGGUAUGCCAGUGGUGCUGAGAUAUAUUUCGUUGUGCCUGCCUUUGACGCUGGCCACCUCAUCACUGCGCUCCAUCCUCACCCGUGGCUGGGCGAUAUUCGAGUCGGAUGUCUACAUUGGCUAUGUGAGCACGCUCUCCUGGAUCCUGGGCUUCCUGAUCCUCACGAUGCUGGUUCUGCGGGCGAAGCGCGGCUAGAGGCGUCUGCAUGCCGCAGCACAUAAUUUUAGAUCGCGUUUAGUCGUCAUUGUCGUCCCUUCCUAGCUCUUAAGAUAGUGUUCCCCCCCUCUGGCUUUCACUCUUUUUGAUUCUUUCUCGCUCCCCUUUGCUCCUGCUUCUUCUCUUCUGCCCAAAUGUCAUAAAUUAUUUAAGCACCCACGCAGCUUUCCUUAGCUUCUACUUCGCACUCCAAGCACUAUAAAUAUUUGUUUAAGGCUGCACAUUUCGUAGUUUAAUUUGUAAGGUUUAGGUACCUAAAUGAAUUGUUGUUGUACAUACGAGUAUGUUCUGUGUCACAAAUCAACCCGAAAAACAAAAACAAAACGUCCGUGUGUGAGCGACCUAGCUAGACGUCCAUUAUUCGUAAUCCUCUGUUCUAGAACUUCUCUUGAUUCCGAAUCGGGCAAUUUAUUACACACACACACACACACCACACACAACUAAUUUUAUAUAUUUUUCAAUGGACUGUGAUUGUUUUUUUUAUA